AGUGUGUCUCCCCGGGGGGGUUAAUUGCUGUUGGAGACAACCCACAAUGCGCUGCGUAUUGAUGCAUCAGAUGGAGCUCCGCAGUAACAACACUUUCCACACACUCUUGUGAUUGAACCCUGGAGAAAAGCAAGCGGCUGUUAUAAAGUCCUUUAGAGAUAAAAAGGAAUUAAACUUGAGUCGCUUAAGUGUGCGGAACGACUGAGAAUACCGGGUUUAAACGCUCCGCAUAGGACCGAGUUUAUUGUGUUUAUAUGCAGACACACGCUCUACCUCUUAAACAAGCAGACUGUGGAGCGGUCUAGGUAACCUACGGCAGCAGGGUCUUCAGUUCUGAUGUGUUUAUACUGGACGUGCGUAAAUGAAGAACACCGCUGCAAGGAUUCACUGCAUGCUUUUGUGCUUUGCGUUUGUCAGAGAUAAAGAAGAGAAAAAGUCACCGAACGAGGAAAAACGUGGAUGAAAAUGGUGCUGAGGGAGCUUCAUGACAGUCAGAUAAAAUCUCCUUAUCUGUAUGGAUGCUACAGCUGAAAGUUUAUCUGACAGACAAUGCUCUGACCAGGAGAAUAAGAUGCAAGCGUUUAACUCUGGAAACCUGUAAAAACGCUUUGCUGAUCAUGGCAUUUUACUGGAUGGAGGCUCUCCAAGAGUUAUGAGCAGACCGGAUGACUACAGUUUUUCUGCAUCUGGUUUUGAUAUUGAUCAUUUAACUUUAAUGUUCUGACUUUCAAAUUUCAUCAAAGACACGAGGAACAGCCACGUUUCAGUGCAAAAAUCAAUUCAGGAGACUUCAUAUAUUGAAUAGAUAAGAGAGAGACAACAAGCAAACUAGCUUAUCUGUAGUCAUCAUCUUCCUACAUGCAGCUGCCUGCUUAGCUUUAUUGAAAUAGGGAACCAUUAAAGCCAUCAGAGCAUUUGUUAGAAGACCUGGUCUGAAGCUGCUGUUGCCAGCUGGCUGCUGGUUGGAGAUGGCAUAAGUGCACUGGAAAGAGAGAAAAGAAGAGCCUGUCUGACAGGAGCUGAAUACAAAUCAAGAUUUGCCUCUCCUGCUGCUGCACCACCACCGAGACAAAUCAGUACUGGAGAAACGAAAUGGACAAAUUAGUCAGCUUCAGUUACAGGAGCAUUAUUAUGGUGAACUGAAAUUAUGCUAUAAGAUAUUUUCUAAAGGUGAAUAUGAAUUCACACUGCAAUACACAGGAUGGGAAAUGAAGGAAAAUAUUGUCUUAGUUACUGAUAGGUGAAUGAAAGACAACCUUUUGCAUCUACCACAGCCAACGAUGCCACACCAGAGUACAGCCUUCCUUAGUGCCAUGUCUGGACUGAUCAAUGUACAAUUCUGUAUUAUAGUGAUGAGGCUAGUCUAAACCUUAUAGAAACUAGCAGAGCUGAGAUGGAGGUGGAUAAUAGUUCACUGGACUACUUCACCAGCAACGUCUCUGAUAUUCCUGACACCACCACAGCUCCACCCUGGAGCAAGGCCACCCUACUCGGCCUGCAGGUCUCUCUGUCUGCAUUGUUAGCUGUCGUCACGCUGGCAACUGUGCUUUCAAACGCCUUUGUCAUCGCCACCAUCUUUCUGACCAGAAAGCUCCACACACCUGCCAACUUCCUAAUUGGCUCCCUGGCUGUCACAGACCUGCUAGUGUCUAUUUUAGUCAUGCCGAUUAGCAUAGUCUACACCGUUAGUAAGACCUGGUCACUCGGGCAGAUUGUUUGUGACAUCUGGUUGUCAUCUGAUAUCACCUUCUGUACGGCCUCCAUCCUGCACCUGUGCGUGAUUGCAUUGGAUCGUUACUGGGCCAUCACAGAUGCUCUAGAGUACUCAAAACGCCGAACCAUGCGUCGGGCAGGGAUCAUGGUCGGGGUGGUGUGGGUGAUCUCCAUAUCGAUUUCCAUGCCUCCACUUUUCUGGCGGCAGGCCAAAGCCCACGAAGAGCUAACAGAGUGUGUGGUAAAUACAGAUCAGAUCUCUUACACCCUAUACUCUACCUUCGGUGCCUUCUACAUUCCCACAAUGCUUCUCAUCAUACUCUACGGACGUAUCUAUGUUGCUGCCCGCUCCCGCAUCUUUAAGACGCCAUCAUCCUCUGGGAAGCGUUUCACCACAGCACAGCUUAUCCAGACCUCUGCAGGCUCCUCUCUCUGUUCUCUUAAUUCUUCCUCCAACCAGGAAGCACACCUACACUCUGGCAAAGCAGGAGGUGGAGAAGGAGGAGGGGGAGGAUCGCCUCUGUUCACAAACAGUGUGAAAGUGAAGCUGGCAGACAGUGUGCUGGAGAGGAAACGUCUGUGUGCAGCGCGGGAGAGGAAAGCAACCAAGACGCUGGGCAUCAUCCUGGGCGCGUUCAUCAUCUGUUGGCUCCCAUUCUUUGUGGGCACGCUCGUCAUGGCCAUAUGUAAAGAGUGCUGGUUCCAUCUUGUGCUUUUUGAUAUAUUUACCUGGCUGGGAUACCUGAACUCCCUCAUCAAUCCUGUAAUCUACACUGUAUUCAACGAUGAGUUCAAACAGGCUUUCCAAAAAGUCAUCAAAUUUAGACGGUGCUCCUGAAAAACCUUAUAGUGAAUUAGAACUGAUUGUUUUGGAAAACAGGGAGUGAAAGACAUGCAAAAAUAUAUCAAAAUGAUACAUCAUAAUGAUAAAUGAAUUACUGUACUCAUAAUGUUCCAGCUUGUAAACAUAUGAUGAAGGUGAUGUUUUUCUUUGUGUGUGAGUGUGUGUGUGUGUGUGUGUGUGUGUGUGUGUGUUUCUUUACCUCAAAUAACCCUGUGCCAUAGCUAUUUAGAUACCUACCUUAUAGGUAUCAUAUAGAUUCAUGCAUGCAUGCUAAAAAAAUCUUAAGAAUCCAAAUUAUGGAAGUCAUUGUAAAAAGAUAACAAAAAGGGAUUUAAAGUCUAUUUCAAACCACAGGGACGUUGCUGAUAUUUCCUGAACAAAAGCAGCUGUAAAACGAAUGAGAACUGGUGUGACUGUGUGGAAAAACCAAACUCAGAGUGACUGGAUUCGAUCUACCAGAAAUGAAAAGCCAUGAAAUAUAUGUUGUCAUAAUCUCUGUGUCAUACUGUAUGCUGCUGCGCCCAUAAAAUGUCCGUGCGGUACAGUAAAUUAAAUUACUUAGAAAUACUACAAAGAUGCAGAGAUUCAGUAAAAUUGUUUUCAUAUAUGUAUUAUCACUUGCAAAUGGUUUGUGUGUUGGUGGGCUGUACUGUAUGAAUGUGUGUGAGAGGCAGUAACUUUACUGUAAUAACACAUAGUGUUUGUGGGAGGGAGAACUGUCAAGCGAUUGACAUUUCUGCUGUACAUACUAUUCUCCAGUGAGGCUUUACAGAGACUGAUAUGGAAACAGCAUUUCCCCUCUGCUUCUCUGUAUUACAGUAAAUAACACCCACUGCCCUAGCAGCAAAUAAACCCUUCUAAAAAUUAAAUGUUAUCACUGAGCAGAGAGUACAAUGAAAGAACAAAUGGUCAUUGCACUGAGAUAAUUAUUAACUUUGAGAACUUUAUUUAUUCAUUCGUUUUAUUAAU